ACUCUGUUAUAAAGGGGAUCUGUGCUUAUACUGAUGCCAGUUUGCAAUCUGUAAGGUGAUCGUGCACAGUGCAAUAACAAUAAAAUGAAGGCGGCUGUCGUGCUUGUUUUAGCGGUUCUUUUGGUGGCCGUGUCCUGUCGGCCUGACAAAACAGAUCUGAAGCAGUUGAAGGCAGAAGCUGCACGUAAAAAAGCCUGCUUGCAGGAUUGCACCAGUGUGAAGGUGGAGCCGCUGUGUGCUGGCAAAAAUGGAGCUAAAUCUCUGUCUUUCGGCAGCGAGUGUGUGCUCCAUAAUUACAACUGCGAAAAUAAAGACAGUUUCACAAAGGUCAGCAACGGCCAGUGUCCAGGGUCCGAUGGUAUCCGUCUCUCCUAAUUGAAUGAAAGCUUUGACACGAUUUACUAACUUUACUUUUUUUCUUCUUUGAUAUUUAUUAUUUUUAUAUUAAUUAAUGUUUAUUAAAUUAUCUGGAAAUACUGACACGAUCACAUAGGUAUAUUUUUUUAUCCUGAUAUGCAACAAUAAAUACUGUGUAGUUUCACUAAUGUCUAAAUUUAAAAGAGAUGAUUUUGUUUAUUAUAGAUAAGUUUUAAUAAUGUAAUCGAGAAGAUGAAACUCGUUUAUAUAAAACCCACUUUUCAAAGAAGCUGUGAUUUUUAAUUUAAAUAUAAUAUGUUAUCUUACAUUACAUUCAAAUUGCAAUGUGUUAAUAUGUUUUUGUUCAGUUUA